AUGAGUCAACAGGCAAGGAGGCUGUGCAGGCUGAACAGAGAGCUUUGGCUGGAUCUCAAGAACAAAAGGAAAGUUUAUGGUCUCUGGAAGAGUGGGAGAGCUACUUAUGAGGAUUACAGACAGGGGCUUGGAACUGAUGAAGAUACUUUAAUUGAGAUUCUGGCAUCAAGAAACAACAGAGAAAUCAGAGAAGCCAGCAGAUACUACAAAGAAGUACUGAAGAGAGAUCUGAUACAAGAUAUAAUUUCUGACACAUCUGGAGACUUUCAAAAGGCUUUGGUUACUCUAGCCAAGGGUGACCGAUCUGAAGAUCCUCAUGUGAAUGAUGAUCUCGCUGACAAUGAUGCCAGGGCCUUAUAUGAAGCAGGAGAGAAAAGGAAAGGGACGGAUAUUAACGUAUUUAUUACUGUUCUUACUUCAAGAAGCUAUCUUCAUCUUCGAAGGGUCUUUCAGAAGUAUGCUAAAUACAGCAAGCAUGACAUGAACAAAGUACUUGAUUUGGAGCUGAAAGGUGAUAUUGAAAACUGCUUGACUGCCCUUGUGAAGUGUGCCACAAGCAAGCCAGCUUUCUUUGCUGAAAAACUCCACUUGGCCAUGAAGGGAAGUGGGACACGACACAAACAGCUUAUCAGAAUCAUGGUUUCACGCCAUGAAGUAGACUUGAAUGAGAUCAAAGCCUAUUAUAAGAGUCUGUAUGGUAUAUCUCUUCGCCAAGCAAUUAUGGAUGAACUCAAAGGGGAUUAUGAAACCAUCCUGGUGGCUUUAUGUGGAAGUGACAAAUAAGCAUCUCAUUCUCCUGAUGUACCCAAGCUCUGUGGCUGAAGGUGUUUGUAUUAGUCUCAGCUGUCUAUAUAAAAUACAAGCUUCACACAGUGAGAUUUCAUUGGAAUGCUACUUAGUAUACAGCUUUUAUGUAGAAAACCUGGAACUUGGAAUGUAUUUUUCAGUACCUAUAUUAUGUAAGGCAUGAAUAUAUCUUUUUAUCACUAUUUAUCUAAAGCCAUUAAGUUUUAUUUGCUUGAUUAAUCAUGAAAGAAUAAAGUUUUCAUCUAAGAAAAUCAAACUAACUUUAAGAAAUAAAAUUAACCUCUGUGAAUUUUA